AUGGUAGUUGGAUUUUUCAACGAGUUGAAAAACUUUUUGAGUGAGUUAUCCGGUACUCUUAGGAUCAACCGAUUUAUACAGNUUUUCGAGACGAGAAAGCCGGUUACCGAGCACGACUGUCAAGAGUGGGAGACACAAAAUAUGGUCACGUUACCCCUUGAUCUGAAGAGCUUCUAUCAAACAACGAACGGAUUACAAUUUUCAUGGAAUAAUAUUUGUGGUGACGGUAAAACAAUCGUAGGUCAAAUUGCCAUUCAUAGCUUGGAACGUCUUGUUGAAACCGAAUAUGUGUGCGAUCGCGGUGAUAGUAGUGUCGGAACACAUAAUUGUAUCGGAUUUACCGAUGAUUAUCUGGCCCCGUUCCUUCCGGAAUUGAAACAAAAGACAGGAUCGGUCCGGCGAAUGUUCCUAAUUGAAAAAUGUCUCGGCUACGGCUACGUGGUACUUGGUUACAUGGAUACCGGUUCGGCUUUGUUCUUCGUCGAUCGAGAUGCCAGUCUUUAUCGCGUGUGUGAGACAUUCACGCAAUAUUUGCGCCUGGCUGUGGCUCAUCUUGGACUGAUCGAUUGGCAAGUGUGGUAUACACCAAACACACCGUCAAACCAAUCCAUGCAAUACACUGCACUGUUCACGCCGGAACGGAUGUACCUGGCAUCCAGAGGAAUGCGAUUAGGUAGUGAGAUGGAUCUUAUGGCUUAUCCGAUCACAACUAUCAAUACCAAAAAGCUGUCCACUCUUGGCGAUACUGCGUGA